UAAUAUUUCUUGUUGACACAUAACACAUGUCCUGAUCGACACAGACACUGAUAUUGACACUGAUACAAUCCAUCAAGUACGGUACGAGUUUCGCAUUACGCAAGGCAACUGUGCUACACAUGCACCCCAGAAGGAGGUUGCUGCUGCUGCUCCCACGUUGGGUGCGUUUGCUUUGAUUGGCUGAUUGCUCCUUCUUGAUCGAAUCCCCAAUCGGGCAAGCCGUUGGGGUUCGUGCUUCAAUCCAGCGAGAAAGCGGAGAUCGAAAUUGAAAAACGAAUCACGCGCUGAUAUUCGAAGCAAAGUGGCUUUGUUUCCAACCCAGACAACACACGACAACAAAGAGACCACGAGCAAAACAAAAUAAAGCGAGCAAAGCAGAGCAGACGACAACGAAGCAAAACAGAAGCCCGACCAUUGCAAUCUGGGAGCUCUCUGUUUGUUCUGCCGCUAUCACAAUUCGUUUGGAGGCGCAAGACAAUGAGUUCGAAUUCGAAGAAUGUCGUCCUCGCCAAUAUAAAGACAGAGCCGUUGCCAGAAUCGCCACCGCCACCGCUGGUGCUGCCCAAACCGCUCUGGAAUCUCGCCAAGGGCGACAACGUCUGGGUAACCCAGGGCAAGACGGAUCACAUGGCCACCUUUGUCGGGGAUCCCCGGAUGGUGUGCAUCUACCCCGAUUCGGACGACGACCACAACACAUCCCCUGGGGAACCCAUGCAAAAGAAGCAGCGGACCGAUCGGGGGACGCAACAGCUCGAGGUGAGGAUACGAUGGGCCACGACGGGGAACAAGGGGUACGUGCAGGCUUCGAGCGUUCGGCCGGUCGUCUCGGGGGAGCGCCGCCGCAGGCAGCUUGUGAGCCAUUACGACGCGGCUCCUUCCAAGCGGCCGGUCUACACGCGAAAGAGCAGGGGGAAAACCGGCGGGACCACUGGCAGCACCAGCACCAGCACCAGCACCGGUAACAAUCGCAGUAAGAAUCGAAACAGCAGCAAUGUCAGCAGUGCGUCCGAAGCAUUCCAGCCGGCCGAUGUCGUCUCCGACGCGAGCAACCCGAAGUCUUCCAUAGGAAAUCCGGUAGACGAACAGCUUAGCGACAAUGGCAACGAGCACUCCACGCCCCCCACAAGCGGGAAAAGGGCGGCUUCUUCCCCCAUGUUCAAGAUGCCUUCGAGGGAAGAAUUCCGAGAGAUCAUGCUGGAGCGGGAACGGAAAAAGAAAGAAAAACAGCUCAAGCUCCGGCAGAGGCGGAUACRGCAGCUGRCCCGCAAGAAUGGGGCGGCCAGUAGCAACAACCCCAUCUGCGGAAUUGGAACAGAGGAUGACGCCACCGAGAGAGGAACCGCACCCUAUCGCACAACCAUAGAUGAGGGCUAUCAAUGGGAGUGGGAAGCGGGAUCAUCUCCUUCCUCGAAAGCUGCUUCGGCCCCAGUGCCGUACAGGAACAAAAAAAGCGAAAACUAUUUCAAACCGGUUCCGUCCAAUUUCGGGAAGAAACUCCCGCGCUCCUGGAAGGAAGCCUACCAUUUCCUGCGGGACUAUCGUUAUAUCGAAGAAACAUGCGAGGUGCCAUCCAACCACCCGAUCCUGGGGAAAUUUGUUUGCGACCUGCGGUCGGAAUACGAACGAUUCCGGGCUCACACACGCAAGCAGCUCCGGAGGCAAAAGACGGAGCAGCAGCGACUGCAGCACCGGUGGAGCCCAAACCAAAACCACGGCAAUGGCCAGGAGGGAAGUCUCUCGAACGUCAAAGCCUAUCGAACCCCUACGCCAGCUUCCCCCCAAAAAGACAUGACCCGGGUCGAUCGAUCGCGCAUCAAGGACCUCAAUAGACUUGGCUUUGACUGGAGGAUCGAAGAACGAGAUUGCCAAAACGAAACCGAGCAACCGUCGCUGCCGAUGCUCGAUACCUUCAAACCCGGCCACCAAAGCCACUCCCCGAGCACGGAGAAAGUCGAUCCCACGGUGGCGAAUGGAAAGUCCUCGGGCGAUAAAUACAGCAAAAAAAUCAAACGCAAACAUGAGAACAAAUCGAACAUAAACGAUGAUUCGGAAACCAGAACCGAAUCGGAAUACGAGCAAACCGAUCACGGCAAUGGUGAUUCCUCAGUCGACGAUAAAAGGGCGACCUUUGCGGACGAAAAGAUGCUCGAUGAUGAGGUCACUCAAGCGAAAGAAACCCCCAAACUGCCAAAAAACCGUCUGAGCCAUGCCGGCGACGACGCAGUGCUGAUUGCGUCCGUGAUGGAGGCCCAGGCCACCCUCAACGAAACACCUCUCUUUCAUGACAUCAUCUUGAGCAAGCACGCUGCCUUCCCCACACACCUAUACCGGCUCCUGAGGCUGGCUACAGUACGCCAAGAUCUGGGUCUGGAAUCCAUCAUAUCCUGGACAGAAGACGGAGGGGGCAUCUUCUUCCGGGACGACAACCGACUCCUCGAAGACGUGGUAUCGAAGGCGAGCAGGAUGAAAAAAAUCGUGUCGUUCUGGAACACCAUGAAUCGAUAUGGAUUUUUGUGUUCUCAAAGAGGCUUAAACGGAAACGGGAGCCAGUAUAGGGUCUACUACCAUCAUUCUCACAUGCAGGCCGAAGAUGCGAAUGAUUCGUCACUUCGGCUGUUUUACCGGGGKGCUCCGGCGGAGCUCAUCGGGAGCAUCAAACAGAAAGGGGAAGGAACGGUCAACAAAAAGAAGAACCAACUCACUGCCAAGUCUCCACAAGAGGUUGGCGCAGUGAAAAAGCCUAGCAAGCAGAAGCAACUCACAAAAAGWSACAAGCGAAAGSAUCCCUCGUGGAUGGACGAAGAAUACRGAGCCGCACUCCCAAAAAAWRGAAACACCCAACCCGGAAGAUCGACCUCGUCGCUGUCCUCGGUAUCGUCUUCUGAAAACGGAAGGAUCGUCCAUGCAUCGAAGAAGAACCUUCAACACGAUUCGUCUUCGACGUGGCGGGCCCAGGACCGAUUGAACAAGAAGAAGCGGGGUAGAAACAGCCAAAAUCUGCAGGGGGAAAGGCACCAAUCCCGUCAACAGGUCAGGACCACGAGUAGCAGUCCUCCCAGGAUCACCCCGUACGAGAUAAAUAAGAGCAACUGGGGAAAGAUCGAGCGGUUGAUCAAKUUGAACCGAUGCAARCGCCUYGGCGAUGUCCGGGGCACCAUGAAUGAAACCUCCCAAUCCCCGACCAGUGAGAACGAUGUCGAAUUUGUGUGACGAAUCAAGAAGCAACGAUACCAAAGCAAACCGCCAGCACCAGUUUUGGGAACAGCUCCCAGAACCAAAGCACGAACCAGAAUGCAGGAACCACCAAAAUAACGAAUGCAUCAACUUGCAUCGCUAAUUAGAGCUUGUUCCAUCUAAAUCUGGACAAGGAUCUGCGAUAAGACUUUGCUGAUUCCUUUCGUUUCUAUUACUGUUGCAGUUUGUUUGAGAUAGCUGUUGCACAACUACCAUGAAGGCGAAAUUAGAGUAUGGGAAAGGGUAUCAUAUUGUGACACCCAAAAUGCACAUUACAAUCUACUCAUGCAUUAGUACAAAAAAUGCGUCUCUUAAAA